AUGCUUCUAUUUCGUGUUUCGUUUUGUGUUGUUAUUCGUCUUUUCUGUUUUUUGUUUCGUUCUUUUGCAAUACUCUAUAUAUAUUUUCACAACUCCUUUGCAUCACUUCCUGCAGAAAUUAGAAGAAGCUUUCGCUCAACAGCUGGACGAGCAAGAGAGGAUUUACGGGCCGGUUACUCCGCUGGUGUUGCCCUCGGACUUGUCGGAUUUCAAUUCGGGUUCGAAGCGGAGCAGCUUCUCCUCCGAUGGAUAAUUUCCUAUUUUUGUUAUUUCCUUAUAUUGGUUACUGGAUGGAUAUUAAAAAAGUGCCUGGUAAAUAAGUAG